CCCCGAGUCUGCUCAGCGGCGAGUUGAGGCCUGGUCGAGAAUUCAAGGGCGCCCGACCUCGUGAGCUCUUGCAUCUACAGUUGAAUGCAGAGCAAUUGUGGCAGACCAAGAAACCAUCAGACCUCCAACCUGCCUCUGUGCUGCAGAAUUGCCAGGUGACAGGCAUUUAUACACAACUUCUGCUUCUGCAAAAUGUUUCGCUUUCCUCGGCUCUAUGCUGCAGACGACAUGGGAAGCCAAGCUGAGAAACUUCCUAAAUUUAUUGGUAGUCCCCAGGUCCCUGAGACAGGGUGGAACAGACUGCGGGAGCUGUUUGAUCGAGACGAGAUGAAGAAUUAUCCUGAGGAACUAAUCGAUAUUUGGAAGAGCACCCUUGUGGCAGGAAUAGUUGGGAUGAUGUAUGGUGGAAUUCCCGCUGCCCGGCAUGCUAGAACCCGUUACAUCGAGCAGAGUCAGGCUGAGGUCUACAGGAAUCGCUUGGAAGCCGUGAGGUCGGCGCAGGACGCUGCCAUCAGAGGCUUUGUCCGUUAUGGAUGGCGAUGGAGCUGGCGUGUGGCUGCCUUUGUCACCAUUUUCAAUACAAUUAGCACUGGUCUAUCUGUGUAUCGUGAUCAAAAUCUCCUGAGAUACUAUUCUGUAGCUGGAGCGAUCACAGGAGGAGUAUUCCGGAUGUCUCUUGGACUGGGUGGAUUUGUGGCAGGAACAGUCAUUGGAGCAAUAAUGGGGGUUCCAGCUGGGGCUCUGAUUGUGGCAGCACAGAAAGCUAACGGGGAGACACUGCGGGAGAAGAAGCGUAGGGAGCGCCAAGAAACCUACGAACUUAAGUUGGAAGAAUGGAGAGCCAGGCUUGAUGUGACAGACAGUUUAGUUUAUGAAAUUGCCGACAGCGAAUCAAUGGAAAAUGAUUUGGAAAAAUUAGAAGAGUUAUUGAAGCGGCCCAGAAAUCCCAGUUCAUCUGUUCAAGAGGAAAGUUGACUCUAUUGAAGAAUUAAGAGGAGAGUUUGAAUGGAUCAUACCAAAUUCAAAAGGCUUUUCAGAAAGCUAUUGAAUGUAUUCAAGGCACUACACUUGAGACAUUUUUGACUUGAUCUAGGACAGUGAAUGUGAAGUAAGUCUCCACACUGGACUUAAACCGACAGAUAACUCAGAUUUAUCACCCAUGAUUAUGGAUGUACUGGACUAUGGAUUAUGGGUAUACUGUGAAGAUCUACAGUACUCUCUGCUGUGUAUAGUUUAGAGAUGCAACAUGGAAACAGACCCUUCACCCUACCAAAACCACGUUAACCAUUGAUCACCCGUUUACACUAGUUCUAUGUUAUCCCACUUUCUCAUCCACUUCCUACACCUACAAACCGGCACGUCUUUGGGCUGUGGGAGGAAACCAAAGCACCCAGAGGAAACCCACAUGGUCACUAGGGGAACGUGCAAACAGGCAACACCCAAGGUCUGGAUCAAACCCAGGGCUCUGGCGCUGGUUUAGGCCCUACCAGCUGCACUACUUUGUGGCUCUGUACCUUGCAGCUUAACGGUUGAUAGGAAAUACUGGUUUAGUACUCAUCAAAGAGUAUGUAAUGGUACCUGUCACUUGCCUUUCAUGAGAAACCAGUGACCAUGUCUCAAUCAUUUCCCUCAAAGGUAUAACCAAGAUGGAUCAGUGCACUGUCACUCCUGAAUACCACCUCACCAGUUAGACAGGAAUCUGCAUGGCUGAUUUUUUUCCCUAUUCAUCUGCCCCAUCUACUAUAUCCACGUAUCACUUGCCAGGUUUUGUCCUGCCCCCAACGCUCUUCCAGGUUUCUCCCCCCUGAUACAAUCAGUCUGAAGAAUGGUAAGGACUCGAAAUGUUGCCUAUUCACAUUCUCCAGAGAUGCUGCUUGACCCACUGAGUUAACCCAGCACCUUUUUUUUUUGUAAACCAACAUCUGCAGUUCCUUGUGUGCCCAGAUUAAAGUAGUGUGCUUAAAUAGAAUAUUGUAGAAAUUUGUAUGAGAUCCUGUCUUGUGGGAUCCUGUCUUUUUAAAACCUAUGUUGUACCACAUUUUGAUCUUAGCAUAAAAUGUCACCAGUGGAAAGAAUGUCUAAAUUGAAAUGUGUUUUCUUCAAAAUAUGAUAACAAGGAACUACAGAUGCUGGUGUAUACCAAUGAUAGACACAAAAUGCUGAAGUAACUCAGUAGGUCAGGUAGGAUUCCUGGAGAACAUGGAUGGACGACGUUUCGACCUGAAACAUCAUCUACCUAUGUUCUCCAGAGAUGCUGCCUGAACUGCUGAGUUACUCCAGCACUUUGUGGCAUUUUGUGUGUUAACCAGCAUCUGCAGUUCUUUGUUUUUAUAACUUACUCCAGCAUUUUGUGUCCUAUCUUUUGUGUUUUCUUCAAACCUGGUCAGUGAAAGCUAAAUUCAUCAAUGUGAUUUGUGAUCAGACUAAAGUUCUGUAGGUACCAUAUUACAGCAAAGGGAUAGCAUCAGAUCAGGGAAUGCUUUUGAGAUAGUGAAUCACUUUUAUUUUUGGAAUUUGGAAUAUCUACUGCAAUCAUGUUAUUGUAUUGAGUGAUGUAAUUUUGGGGGGAUUUGAUUAUUUACAAGAAGCAGCCAAUAUACAUUCAUCAAGGUAUAAACAGCGCCAUGAAAAUGACCAGAUAAUUUGUUCAAUAAUUUGAUAUUAGCCCCAUGUUUUAGGGAAUGAGUCUUCUGCUCAGCAGGGUGAAUAUUUACAAUCAAUGCAACACUCAAUUAGAUUUUAGUCUGAACAAAGGUCCUGACCUGCAACAUCGCCUUUCCUGCUAAGUUACUUCAGCACUUUGUGUCCUUUUUUUGUAAACUGGCAUCUACAGUUCCUUGUAUCUAUGUGAUAUUGGAAUGCAGGACUACAUUUUUAUUCUCCAUUUUCUGGAGUGGGCCACGAUUGCUAGCUCUCUAAGUUAGAUCUCCAGAAUAGUAUUAAUGAGUGAAAACUGUAUGAAUUUUGAUAUAUUGUGCCAGUAGUUGAUAAUUUAAUGCCUUCAAUAAAGAAUGUUCUUUUAAUA